UAAUCAAUGCCCAAAUGACAAAACGACAACAGCAUCUUCCAUACUGAUUAUGUGUAAGAUUUUUGUUGCACUCUUCACAGACUGCAAACUCUCUCUCUUUCAGGCAAGAAAUGGAUGAAAUAGAGCACAAGUUCAUAGUGGUCAACGGGCUAAAGAUCCACGUAGCAGAGGCUGGAAGUGGGUCGGGUCCAGUUGUGCUGUUCUUACAUGGCUUCCCUGAGAUUUGGUACUCCUGGCGCUACCAGAUGCUUGCGGUGGCCAAAGCCGGUUACAGAGCCAUUUCGCUCGAUUACAGAGGAUAUGGUUUGUCGGAUCAGCCACCACAACCCGAGAACACCACCUUUCUUGAUCUUGUUAAUGACCUCGCUGCACUGCUGGAUACUCUUAGUAUCCCAAAGGUUUUUGUGGUGGGGACAGAUUUUGGAUCGUUAGUUCUGACUAUCUUUAGCCUUCUCCACGAGGAGAGAGUGGUUGGGUGUGUUACAUUGGAUGUGCCAUUCGUGCUUCCUCGUUCUUUUACAUCUGCUGAAGAGCUGCCUGAAGGUUUCUAUAUAGCAAGAUGGAAUGAGCCUGGGCGAGCUGAAGCUGACUUUGGCCGUCUCGAUGCCAAAACUGUUGUGAAGAACAUCUACAUCCUCUUCUCCAGAAGUGAAAUACCAAUUGCUAGUGAAAAGCAGGAGAUCAUGGACAUUGUGGAGCCUUCCACUCCUCUACCUCCUUGGUUCACCGAAGAAGACCUGGCAGCCUAUGGAGCUCUGUAUGAGAAAUCUGGAUUCCGAACUGCAUUGAAGGUUCCGUACAGGUCUCUUGGGGAUGACUAUGAGCGUAUUGAGCUGCCAGCUGAGCCAAGAAUCAAAGCCCCUGCAUUGUUCAUAUCAGGCAAGAAGGAUUAUGUGAUGAAAUUCCCAGGAAUGGAAGAGUAUGUAACCAGUGGGAUGCUGAAAGCUUUGGUGCCCAAUGUGGAGAUAGUGUAUAUACCUGAAGGAACCCAUUUUCUUCAUGAGCAAUUUCCUGAAGAAGUGAAUCAGCUGAUCCUCAAUUUUCUUGAUUCCCACCGUUAAUCAUGAAAGUAUUUUAGAGGUUUGGCCAUGGAUGACUAUAUCUUCUAAGUUCAAAUAAAUUGGUCACUAUAUCCAAUGUUAAGUACUUAAUAAGUUCUGUUAAAUAUGAAUAUCCUCAGCUCCUGUAAUUAGCUUCAUAUAAGUUCUGGGAACCACUUAUGUAUUCAAUGAUGGUAAGAAAACCUAAAUGAAAGGCUGUGUGUGUGUUUAUUGAUUAAAAAA